CCUCCUCCCCGCGGAUCUCCCAUGGCCGCCGCCGCCCCGGCCCGCAGGCUCCUCCUGAGCCUGCGCCUCGGCAACCCGCCGCCGCUCCCAGUCCCGCUCCUCUCCCACAUCACGCCGCAGCUCCUCCCGCAUCAGCCCCCCCCGCCGGCCCCGGCGGCUCCACUCCCCGGCUCUCCGGCGGCAAGCCCGGACCCGAAGCUCCGGGACCUCCUCUUCGCCUUCCACCCCGCCGUCCACAUAUACCCGUCCCUCGUCGACCCCAUAGGAGGGGACGACGUGUGUGAGGGCGGGGCGGAGGUGUGGGCGGACAGCGUGAAGAAGAAGCGGAAGCGCAAGAUGAACAAGCACAAGCUCCGCAAGCUCCGGAAGCGCCUCCGCCGCCAGACAUGAGCGCUGCACUGCAUCCCGGCUCGAGGAUUGUAAGUGCAAGGGGCGAUGCUGUUGCCACACUGGAUACAAGCUGAUUCUUUUACCAGUUUAUUUGUUUGGUUAUAGGAGUAGCCAGUUGAGAACCAGAAAGCAAUUGCUGUGACCAGGCAUGCACGUAGAAACUCAGCUAGUACUGUAAUGGCAAUGAGCCAGAAGCCGUCUGUUUCAUUUCUAGCUUUCUGGCCAAUAAAGCUUCAAAUGCUGGUCUAACUCAUUUGUACUGUUCUUCUCCAAGAUCAAUGCUAUAACCCCAGUAGAACUAGUUGUGUCUUAAACACCUCAUAUGUCGAUUUGAGUUGGCAUGAAUUUGUGUAUGCUAUUAUUCCCAGUUUUACUGCCUUGACUGGUAA